AGGCAGCUUCUAAUUUCACUUCCCUAGCAGUUCUGUGCAAUUCUCGGUGACAAGCAGUGAGAAGCAAGAGUGGUGAAACGCUUGGCAGUUCAGGAGGUUUACUGCUCCUCGUCUUAAAGUUAUAUCCAUGGUCCUUUCUCCUGAAUGCUUGGACUCCUGAAGAUGCCCAUGAGAGCAGCUUUUCCCCCGUGGACACUCAUGGUGCUGCCACGGCUGAUGUUUGUCCUGUCACAGCUGGUAUGCUGCCUCCUUGAUCCCUGUUUGGAGGUCAUCCCUAAUAUAACUUUCAGAUGCGUAGGACUGAAYAGCUCUGGAGUUCUCACUGAAGUCCCAAAUACUACCCAGAACCUGGAUCUCAGUUUCAGCCACUUGAAAUCACUGAGACCAAACUACUUUUCCUCAGUCCCAGAACUACAGCUUCUGGAUCUUACAAGGUGCCACAUCCGUACAAUUGAAGAUAACUCAUUUAAGGAUCUUUAUAACCUCUCCACUUUAAUUCUAACUGCCAAUUUCUUCAAUUACCUGGGGCCAUUAUCUUUCUAUGGCUUAAAUUCUCUGCGAAGACUUGUGCUAGUGGAAAAUAACAUAUCCUCUCUGAUUGACCUGCCCAUUGGACACUUGCAUAACCUGCAGGAGCUGAAUGUGGGACACAAUAAAAUUGCUUCAUUAAAGCUUCCCAAGUAUUUUGCUAAUCUGACCUCUCUCAGGCACCUGAGUUUACUCUCCAAUAAGAUCACAUAUAUCUCCAAAGGAGACCUUGAUAUCCUGAGGGAAGCAAACAUGUUCAACCUCACGCUGGUGCUUUCCUUGAAUGAUAUAAAAUACAUCCAGCCAGGGUCCUUUGCAAAGAUCCACCUCGGUGAGCUGGCAUUAAGGUCCUCUUUUGAGACCAUCAAUGUGAUGCGUUCUUGCCUUCAAGGUCUGACUGGCUUACAGGUCAACAGACUAAUAGUGGGUGAAUUCAGGGACAGAGAGAGACUGAAGAACUUUCAGAGUGGACUCUUGAGUGGACUGUGCCACGUGCAGAUGCAGGAGUUUGUCUUGAUCUGCUUCAGGCAAUUUAAGAAUAACACAGACACUCUUUUUGACUGCAUAGGCAAUGUCUCCAGUAUUCGGUUGGUGAACCUCCAUCUAGAAGAGGUGUCAAAUGUUCCUUURCUGUCUCAAGUCAAAUACCUGGAGUGCAAGAAAUGCAAGUUUAAGGAAGUGCCUGCUGUGAAGCUGUCUCUUUUCAAGGAGCUUAGAGCGCUUCGUAUUACCAAGAGCAAAUACCUCAACAGCUUCCGGGAGUACUUUAACCAUCUAACCAACCUGGAGGUCAUGGAUUUGAGUGAGAAUCGUCUCUCCUUCACCAGAUGCUGUUCCCUUCUUUUUCGUGGAUGUCUAAAUUUGAAAUAUUUGAACCUAAGCUUCAAUUCUGACAUCAGUGUCACUGGAGACUUCACUAAUAUAAAGAAUUUGUUAACCUUGGACUUUCAGCACACAAAGUUAAUUGGUCCUGGCACCUAUCCUGUCUUUCUCUCGCUUCAGAAACUCAUUUACCUUGAUAUUUCCUACACUCGAACUCAUGUUAAAUCCCAGUGUACAUUUUGUGGCUUACACUCCUUGCAGGUUCUUAAGAUGGCAGGCAACUCCUUUGAGAACAACAAGCUGUCCAACAACUUAAAAAACCUAACUCGCCUCCACACCUUGGAUAUUUCAAGUUGCAAACUGCUACAUGUGGAUCAAAGUACAUUUGCGUCUCUCUCUGAAUUAAAAGAGCUAAAUAUCAGUAACAAUAAGCUGCUAACCUUUGAUCCUUUAGUCUACAAGCCUCUCCAGGCCCUUACAGUCCUGGAUUUCAGCCACAACCAGCUGACUGUUCUGUUGGAUUCAGCUAUGGAAAGUGUGCCUGGUAGUCUGGUCUUGUUAGACCUCUCUUACAACCUGUUUGAUUGCUCUUGCACACACCUAAACUUUCUGAAAUGGAUCAAGGAAAAGCAGAAGAUACUGCGGAACAAGGAGCUAAUGAUGUGCCACAUCCCUGCACAUGUGAAGAAUGUGAGCCUGUCUAGUUUUGAUCUGUYCUCCUGCCAUCUCAAACCAAGCACAGUGGCAUUCAUAUUGAGUAUUUUGCUCGCUGUAGCWGUGUUUCUAUUCCUGAUUUACAAGUACUACUUCCAGCUAUACUACUCACUGGUGCUGCUCAGUGGGUGUAAACACUCUGCUGAAAGGGGAGACACUUAUGAUGCAUUUGUUAUCCAUUCCAGCAAAGACCAAGAAUGGGUGAUAAAAGAGCUGGUGGAGCCCCUAGAAGGAGGAAAACCUCCCUUCCAGCUCUGUCUUUACUACCGAGAUUUCUUACCAGGGGUUCCCAUUGUUACUAAUAUCAUCCAAGAAGGUUUCUUGAGUAGCAGAAAUGUUAUUGCAGUCAUUUCUUCUGACUUUCUGGAGAGCAAGUGGUGUAGCUUUGAGUUUGACAUUGCCCAGUCCUGGCAACUUGUUGAAGGGAAGGCUGGAAUCAUCAUGAUUGUCCUGGAAGAUGUAGAUAAGGCCUUGCUGAGGCAAAGGCUGGGGCUAUCCCGAUACCUGAGGAGGAAUACAUAUCUGGAGUGGAAAAACAGGGAAAUAAGCAGGCAUAUCUUCUGGAGGCAGCUGACAGGCGCCUUACUAGAAGGCAAAACAAGRAAUCAUGAAGAGGUUAAGUUUAUGUAAAGAUGAAGUGGCAUCACUUUUGUCCUGUUUUCUACUCUUCCCAGCCAUUCUAGCCUUGGCUGAUGGCUAGUGCCUAGAAGUUCUGUGGUUGUUCAGAGAUGGAGGUGGAGGAAGUGGACCAAGGCAAAGGAAAAGCAUUAUAUGAACAUCUACCUUGCUAUUUGCCCUUCCUAAAAGGAACCUGCAAGCUAAGGAGUUACUACAGCUUAAAGAGCUGUAUAUGUGGAAGCCAGUCUGAGCUCCAUCUUUGUGUGUAAAACUGCCUCAAAGGAAGGUGGUCUAGCAAUCCAUGUAGGUCUGGUUUAUCACUGAAUAGAUGUGAAAAUGGGUGGAUGGACUGCUCUCUUAUCUCACUUAUCUACUUCUGAAACUUGUUUUAGAUCAUGGACAAUUUAUUCAGUGGAGCUUGAUGUGCUGCUUUGGAGCUCAGAGCUCCACAGAGGAGCUUGGUGUGUUUCUUUAAGUGGACCUCAGGAUCUACCAUGGAAAGAGAAGGUAUAGGAUUC